CCAAAGAUACCCUGUACCAAAAACCCUAAAACCCCUUGUUACCUCUUCACAGCCACUGGUGCCUCCUCUCCUCGAGCAGCUCCAAUCUCCGGCAGAACCAAACGUUCAUCGGAGAACUCUUGACGAUCUCCGCCGCACUGCCGCCGUUCUUCCUCUCUCCGGUGAGUGAUUUCAAUAUGACUAUUUCUGCAACACUUUCUUCCCAUGGAAAAAUACUCAUGUCACCACUUAGAAAGAGUGAAUGGGCAAAUCAACCUGUGCUCUGUAAAUCUGUUGAAUUGUUUAAAAAUGGACGAAAUGAAUACCGUAUGUCAACAAAUAGCAACAAAUUCCAAUGCCGUGCAUUGGAGAUCGAAAAUAAAUCUUCAACUAAGUUUCACCUUGAUGAUGUAAUUGAAUCUCAACAAUUUGAUAGAGAAACUCUUAGUGCGAUAUUUGAAGUAGCACAGGAGAUGGAGAAAAUCGAGAAGAAUUCGAUUGGUGGAAGAAGAAGUGAGAUUCUUAAGGGUUAUCUUAUGGCUACUCUGUUUUAUGAACCUUCAACUAGAACUAGGCUUUCAUUUGAAUCUGCUAUGAAGCGUUUAGGAGGAGAAGUACUAACAACUGAAAAUGCUCGUGAAUUUUCGUCUGCGGCGAAAGGUGAAACACUAGAAGAUACAAUUAGAACUGUUGAAGGUUACUCUGAUAUCAUUGUUAUGAGGCAUUUCGAAAGUGGUGCUGCUCGACGAGCUGCAUUGACUGCAUCUAUUCCGAUUAUAAAUGCAGGAGAUGGUCCGGGACAACACCCGACUCAGGCUCUUCUAGAUGUGUAUACGAUUGAACGAGAAAUAGGGAAACUCGAUGGUAUAAACAUUGCUCUUGUUGGUGAUUUAGCAUACGGGAGGACAGUUCGUUCACUUGCUCAUUUGCUUGCGCUGUAUAAAGAUGUGAAGAUUUACUUUGUAUCCCCUGAUGUUGUUAAAAUGAAGGAUGACAUAAAGGAUUACUUGACAUCAAUGGGGGUUCGAUGGGAGGAAAGUGCUGAUUUGAUCGAGGUGGCUUCUAAAUGUGACGUGGUGUAUCAAACUCGGAUUCAACGAGAGAGAUUUGGAGAGAGGGUUGAUUUGUAUGAAGAAGCUCGAGGGAAGUAUAUCGUUGAUAUGAGUGUCGUAAAUGCUAUGCAGAAACAUGCUGUAGUGAUGCAUCCUUUGCCAAGACUUGAUGAGAUAACGGUUGAUGUCGAUGGUGAUCCGAGGGCUGCUUAUUUCAGACAAGCUAAGAAUGGUCUUUACAUUCGGAUGGCGCUUUUGAAGCUUCUACUCCUUGGUUGGUGAAAGACGCGAACUUUUUAUGUAGCGAAAUCGUGCUGCUUGUUGUCUGGAUUCUGCUGUUGUUGAAUUCUAGAUUUAGUUAACUUGUUUUAGCAUAAAAGAAAAUUGAAUCUCUUUCUUUGUUCACAAAAUAGUACAUUCUAUAUAUUCAUUUUGAAAACUUUGAAAAA